GUCAGAUAUGUCAAAGUAAUUAAAAAUGUCUACGUUGCGGUUUUUGGGCUUGAAGAGCGAUAGGUCUUUGCUGCGGAUGCAGACGCAUCUGUUCAGCACCGAUGAUGUGGUACAUUUGGACAGGACCUGUCUGGAUAUCGUGGAGAAAUUCGUCACACCAACCACAAUAGAAUUGUUCGGUCCUAGGGAUAUUGAGGAAACGCUGAACCUUGCGAGUACCAUAAUCGGUCUCAAAUGUAAAGACGAGGACGCUGUAAUCGCAGUAAUGUGCCUAAACCGUUACCCCAACAUAUCGGCGGUACCGUCGUGGGAUUGGUCCAAUUGGUUUCGACGAUUGUACCAGGUGGGCAACGUGAAUCCCCGCAACACCUUCUGGAUCCAUCUAUUCGUCCACGACCCCACCUAUACCAAAUUCGUCAUGUAUCCAAUGAUCCGGUUGAUCUUCCGUAUGAAGCACAUCGACUACGUGUUCAUGGUGGUACCGCCUGGCAUACAAAAGAUUGACUUCAUCGACGUGUGUGCCACCAGGAUUCUACCAAUCGGGCACAUGAACCCAAGGACAGUACAAACGCUGUACAUGCUUGAAAGGAAGGAUUACGUCAAGAAAUACAAGAUCCGCAGAGCUGUAGAAGAGGAUAAUGAUGACCUGGUGCCCUUAAUCAACAUGUACUCCACCAGACUGAAGGAGUACUACGGGGAAUAUUACAUAGCUGAAAUUCUAACCAGGCAGGACUCACUGGGGCGACAACUAAUCGUCGCCGAGUAUGAGAGUGUUGCCGUGGCUGUUAUUUCCAUGAACGAAAACGUGAACUACGACCUUCUGAACGAGAAAUUCUGGCUGGUACCGUUCAACGGCUUAAGAAAACCGACGGACAAGGACCAAGAGCCGGAAAAUCCCAAGACCACGGCGCCACCACCGCCGGAGCCGACCGACAAAGACGGUAAUAAAAGUCAGGAUGAGAAAUCGGUGGCUGAUGAGGCGUCCUGCACCCCGCCGCCCGAAUCGGUGGUAUCCGACUGCACCAGCAGCACCGAAUCCGAAUUCGACAUCGUGUUCUCGAUGGAACCGGACGUUCACUCGCAAUCCGGCUCCGAGAUCGACGACCUGGAUACGGCCCGGAAGCUCGGCGAAUACGAGGAGCACCUGUUGCAGGCGCACAAGUACUACGAGCACCACAUGGAGUUUGCCAGAGAUGUGGCUGUGGCUCGGGCGGAAUAUGUGCACUUGAUGGAGGACACGGUACUGCCAACUUACUACGGGGGACCCAACGCUUUUGCGUUGGAGAUUGCUCUGGCACAUCCAGAUCAUUUUCCAGCCCUGUCACAUCUUUACGAGGCUGCCUUUCAGUGUUUUCCCGACCGAGAUUUCUGUGUCAUGUCUCUGCCGUUCACCCUAACGCCGCCUGUUUUGCACACGUUCUUGUUCGUGCCCCCACGACCUCAAGGCAUGUUUCCGAACUCCUUGUACUUGUUGCACCGCAGCUCGGUGGUCGGAAACAUUUUCGUCAGGUGUUCCGAGUUUGCGGAUAUGAGGAGCGUUAAGAACUUGGUUGCUAAGUUGCCUAAAGGACAGACAUUGUUCAAUCAGUACGAGUUGUCGUUGAAGCAGCCUUGGCACCCUUACCUCAGUUACGUGAUGACAUGUGACGACCAAAUUGUCGGACUGUCCAUUGUGUCAGAAAUGCGUGACAUAGACUAUCUGGUCGCCCAUUAUUGUCUGGGUAAAUGGAUGGACAAUCGUUUCCACAGAUCUGGCUCACACGGACUGAUCGAAAGCUUGGUGAUUUGUCCGAUUUUCAACAAGUACGGCAGGUACUUUUUGAGCGAGUUGCACCGAUUGUGCGACUUCUCGGUACUAUACUACAAACUCACCUAUGCUGACAACACAGCACUCCGGGAGAGACCCUUAAACAACGCCUUAAACUACAUGAUACCGGUUAACGGAAGGCCUUACUUGACUUACGACAUGGACUAUCUGGAGGAGUACCCUCCAGCUGAGUACAUCACUAGGAAGGAAGAACCUUUCGCCUUGUACAUAAGUUUGGGUUCGUUCUUUAUCAGGAAGAGUUUUGAGUAUAACUCAAGGAUUGUAAUCGUUGGCGCCAGUGACUCAGCCAUUGGAUUUCUUGAGGCGUUGUUCAGUAGCGAACCUGACGAACGUUUGGCAACAUUUCACAAAGUCACUUUGGUAUGUUCGCACCCGUUGUACCGCUACAAAAUUCCUCAGAAAAUCAAGGAACAUUUGUUUAUACAAACUGGGUACGACAGCGAAAGUGCUCUGCAAACAGCUUCACCUUUAACCUACGUGAACAUCGCUUACGGAGUAAUGACCGCCAUCAAUCGCAAAGAUAAGUAUAUAACAAUCGACGACGGCACUUACUUACCGUACGACCUGUUGUUUUUGAUGUGUGGAGAGCAGUUCCAAAAAAACUCGGUACGACCUGAUGUUGAAAGCAAGCGGGAGUUCCCCCAAAACGUCUACAUUAUAAACACCGAAUCGGACGGAGUUGCGGCCUUUAACAACUUGAAAAUUAUGCGUCAACAACGCAAGGGAGAAAAGAUCAUAGUUUAUGGUCACUUUUUACAAGCCCAUUGUUGCCUGGGCACCUUGUGUGCCUAUGGCAUCCCAACCGAGGAAAUAAUCUACGUCGAACCGUUCCCUUACAACGCCUCGUUCGACGGCAUCUUCAGACACAACGUCGCCUUUUACAACGACCCGGAGAUCGACGAGGCGAUUCUGGAAGCCAUUCGAAGAGUCGGCAUUAAGAUCUACCACGGGUACUACUUCCACGAUUGGCGCUACACGCCCGCAGACAACACCAUCACCCACGUAAAGUUCGAAUCCGAAAAUCAGAUAAUAGAAAUCAAGUGCUGCGCACUUUUCUUCUACAUCGGCAAGUCGAUAAGUCCCAGGACGUUCAAGUCCAUUAUACAAGCCGGAUUGGUGUUUGACGGUCGGCUGAUCAUCGACACGAAAUGUCGCACCAACGACAAACAGAUUUACGCCUGCGGCACGUUGACGAGGUACGCCAGGAAGUACGACGCCGACCACUUGAUCCACAAGAACUUCAACCGUAAAGAAAUCGGUUACAAGCUGGGAAUACAAAUCAAGACCAUGCUGCUGAACAAAGUGAUGAUUGAUCACACAUUUAAACCUGUGAUGAUCAAAAAAGUAACUGAUGAUUUAGCCUGCUUGCCAAAAUAUACGAAACCUAUCGUUAAGCACUGUAGACUUCCUGAUGGUCUGCACUAUCUUUCUGUCAGGAAACCGGGCAUGAGGAUACCUUUGGAGGCCGCCUUAUCUAGAGGCGAUUAUGGCCACGUUUUGGUGACUGGUGACUGCAAGAACUUGAACAAACAAGGCUUCUUCCGUUUGCACUUGAACAAGUACAAGAAAGUGGAAACAAUAACCUGCUUGACCAAGUUUCCAAUCGAAGCCAACAACAUUAUUUCAAUCUAUGGCAUGCACGAAAAGCUGCUUAACAAUUUAAUGCUGCGCUUCGACAUGGUUUUAAUCAACGAUUUCUUUGAUUAUUUCCGCCAGCCGUGGGCCUACGCCUUGUACCACGAUCGCUUCUCCAAACUUUGGGCUGAACUCGAGUUAUUCAUGGAGGAAUCUGAGACCGAUGACGGAGACAAAUACAAAGACCUAAUAAACCAGCUCCUGACUGAAAGAAACUGGGCGAUGAUGGAGGAAGAGAAGAAGGUGGAGCUGGAACACAUUUUCAAAGACUCGGUAAGCGAAAAGCAGCUCGAAACGUUGUUGAUCAAGUUCUUGGACGAGAACGAGCCGCACCUGUCGAUGUACGGUACUCCGACGAAAAUCAAGAAGAUGAUCGAAGAAUAAUUGUAAUUAAAAUUGUAGACGAGUUUAUAAUUAUACACAUGUUUUUCUACAA